UUUUUUAAAGGCUGCCUUGUCUGUUUUGGCAUUGAAAACACCACUUUGAUAAUAUCUAGUGAAACUGAAAAUACAGCAGCUAAGGAGCUCAGUCCGUCGGCUAACGGUAACGUUAAUGUUAGCCUGCUAGCUGCUAAGCAAUACGCAUCGCCGGUCGAAAUUCAACAGCAAAAACAAUCUAUAUAACGCAAGCACAUCGCCGUCAAAUAUAAUUCAAAAGUGUGAUAGCGGUCUGUGGAUGUCGCAUGUGGAGCGUCCUCACCUUAAACAUGUCCUGCACACGGUGUCCGUGCUGGAGGCAGUGGUCCUCCGCAGCUUUGGCCCUGAUGGGGGUCAGGUGCUGUUUACGCGUGAUACCGGGCAGGUAAUGUUGAGCCGCAGUGGGACACGCAUCCUCACAGCACUGCGACUGGAGCACCCACUGGCUAGGAUGGUUGUGGAGUGUGUGUGGAAGCACACUGCUGUAACAGGGGAUGGAUCUAAGAACUUUAUCUUGCUGCUGGCAUCAUUAUUACGGGUGAUUCAUACAGCGGCCUGCAAGAGGUGCAAUGUAUCUCACACCUAUAGCUCCAGAGAGGCGAUGGAGAAUGCCACUGCCAGACAUUUGGCUGACACACUUCUGGCAUUCGGAUUGGAAGAGCUUGGUGAUGUCAUCAGCACAGGCGUGGUCCCUUACGGAGGUGUUCUUUCUUGGGAGGAUCCAUCUGCACAUGCAGUUCCAGCUCACACCAACAAAGACAUGCACACUCUGCAAAAGCUGUUGACAGCCUUCUUUCACACUCGGCUGGGGCACACCUACUGUGACUUCUUCAGCCGCCUCACCUGUGAAUUUCUCUCCUGCUGGAAAUGUGAAGACAAAGCCCCUUCCUACUUGCUCCAUCUCAUAGAUGACAACUUCUCUGUGUUGCAUACACCCGUAUCAGGCUUCCCUGUAAGUUGCUCACGUGUGAUUGAGGGACAGGUCAUUCACAGGGACUUCUCCACACCUUUCUCUUGGACCAACAACCAGCCAGUUAAAGCUGUUGUGUUUUCUGGGCACCUGCAUCCAGAUGCGCAUAAAGCAGGAGCAGUGCUGGAGCUACGAGGUGGAGAGAGAGGUGUUCUGCGAUACACUUCCUGCACAGAGAGGUCACUGGAGUGUGUGAUUACAACCUUGCAGAGUCUGGGUGUCUCCCUGCUCCUCUGUGCAGUGAAACAGUCUGAGGCUGUUCUGGCUUUAGCUGGACUGUCCGGGAUGUGUGUGGUGGAGUGUGUCGGUGAAGACGAACGUUCUCUUUUCGCUCAGCUAAGUGGGGCAGUGCCUGUCUCAGACUGCUGGCUCAUUGAGCAGGAGCAUGUUGCUACACUGACCUUCUGCCGACCAAUACUGCUAGGAGCCCACAGGUAUAUCCACAUGUCUUUCCAUGACUCUGAGAUCAAACCCCACAGUCUGGUGAUUUGUGGCGCAGGAGAAGGGCAGACCGACCAGUGUGCAUGUGCAUUUCAGGAUGCUCUCCGGAUGCUGCAUACAACCUGGGAGCCCAUGCAUACCACUGCAACUACAGCAGCAAAGAGCAUCUUGCACUCAGGCAAAAGCAGAUCACCCAGCAGCAAACCUCCCUUGCAGAAGAAUGUGUUGAAUCCAGGCUGUGUCGUACCUGUUGGUGGGACAUUUGAGUUUCUGUUACACCACGCCCUCCUACAGCAUGGCCACGCUCACUUAGACUCAGAUCCACACGCUCCUUUUCACACAGAUACGGGCAUUCCUGCUCUUUCCCGUCUGCUGGCGGAUGCUCUGCUCUGUGUGCCCCAGCAGAUUUACUCUCACAGUCCUCGACGCUACCUGCAAACUCAAACCCUGGUCACGAAUUAUAUGCAAAAUCGUAGACACCCUUUCAGCCCCAUGUGCGAACAUAACCACAGAAGCCCGCAGAGUAAUAACGCUCUGGAGGAUAGCGAACUACGCGUGGGCCACUGCAGAAAGGUUGACUUUAAAUCAGAUGUUUUUACGUUGGACUCCGGCGUUGAAUCCGUCUCCUGUAAAUACAAACUGAUUCUGGCCGUGCUGCAGUGUCUCAGUAGUCUUUUACGGUUGGACGCAGUACUGCACACACACACGCCAUUGCACAAACAGGCAUGCAGACACUCCAGCAGUUCUCUUGAGGACACAGAGGAAGGGGAUGAGGACUGAGAUUUGUGUCUGGAGUCAAAUACCAUUAAAAUAAAUUCUGUCAAUACUAACUCAGGUAUAUCUCUAAAGUUGGAAAAAUUAAUUUACCCUCAGAAUGCUACAGCAGAUGAUAUAUAUUUGUUUUUUUUUGUUUGUUUGUUUUUUUUUUACCUCAGUGCAAUAUUAUUUGUAAAAAAUAAUUGUUUAUAAUACAGGUAUUCCAUACUCCCACACACAGAGAGGAAAUAAAUAACAUUUCAUGGCAGUGCUCCCGUGUUGUGUAGUUUAUUGGCCUGUAAAAUGUUUAGUUGGUGCUGUACCACCCUGUCCUGAAUCAAGGCUAGGUUUGGCAAAAACACCAUGAGAGAAAACAUCGAAUGACUCAGAGAUAAUGUGCGUCUCAGUCAGAACAUGCCUUUGUUAUCAAAUAAUUUGGUCAUCUCCUGCUCUGUGAUCUAUUGUGUGCUAAUGUGAAUUUGUAUGAGAGUGUGUAAAUGUUUAUAUUAGCUUGUCUCCUCUUGAGUUCUCAUCGCAGUUCUCUCUUUUUUUUUUUGUCAGCAUUCCAUUCUCUUAUCUCAGGUUUCCUGGCCUGUUCCUCUGGCCAGUACAUACUCUGUUAUAUAAAUGGCAUACACACAACAACUUGGACACAGCGUCUCACAAUGACACACACUCUUUUCUAUAAUCAGUGUUAUCUCCGUUAUUGAGGUGGAGAGUCAUAAAGGGCAACACCCAGCUGUCAGCACCUCAAUCAGAGUUCACUUCCUGCUUUCAACCCCUUCGACUGAAGUGUCAGAAACACUUGUCCAAUCAAUGAACUCUAUAAUGAACCCUCACUGGGGAAGCUGUGACUCAUAAAAAGACUGUUCAAAGCAUAAAUUUGUCCUCAUACAAGUAUGCACACGAUAAGUGGACGUGUAACUUCAAACAGUAAUUUUCCAUAAGUAACAUCACAGAGGUGACAGUCCCUGGCUUUGUUUUUGUUAUGACUCCACAGAAAGAAACGGUAAAUAAGAUGAUCAGAAAUAGCUCUUGAGAAAAAACGGGGUAGUGGAAUCACAGUGUGGGCAGGUCGUUCUUUUCCACUGAGCGUGGAAAGAAACUGGAAGUUGUUUUUAGUCUAUCGAAGGCACUCCAGGAUGUCUUUCACAUCCUAUUUGAUAAACCUUUCACAGUGGCCACCUGAGGAUAGACCUUGUGAAAAAUGGCUGUUGUUCGUUUGACUCUCCUGAACUGUGCGGAGUGCUGCAAAAACCAAUAACAUGCAUGGCAAAAAAAAAAAAAGAAAAGAAAAAAAAAAAUCAUUUCUCAUACUUAGUCAGUAGAUUGUGAUUUAUUUGGCUUUCUUCGUAGCAUCUUUGUUUCUGUGCAACAUACAAGUGCAUACGGUAUAAAUCAAUCCAAUUUCUGUGAGAUGAAAAGGAUAUUAUAAAAUACAUUACAUCAUUCAUCAAACUGCAUGUACCGUACAACCAUGUACAUUUAGAAAUUGUUUACAAAUGAAAAA